AUGACGAAGCCAGCGCAGCCUCAGGGGCAGGGGGCCCCUAAAGGGGCCCCCAAAGAGGCCCCCAAGGAGGUACCCAAAGGGGCCCCCAAGGAGGCCCACAAAGAGGCCCCCAAAGGGGCCCCCAAAGAGGCCCCCAAGGAGGCUCACAAAGAGGCCCCCAAGGAGGCUCACAAAGAGGCCCCUAAAGGGGCCCCCAAGGAGGCCCACAAAGAGGCCCCCAAGGAGGCUCACAAAGAGGCCCCCAAAGGGGCCCCCAAGGGGGCCCCCAAGGAGGCCCACAAGGAGGCCCCCAAGGAGGCCCACAAUGAGGCCCCCAAGGGGGCCCCCAAGGAGUCCCAUAAAGCCCCCAAGGAGGCCCACAAAGAGGCCCCCAAAGAGGCCCACAAAGAUUCCCUUAAAGGGGCCCCCAAGGAGGCCCACAAAGAGGCCCCCAAAGGGGCCCCCAAGGAGUCCCAUAAAGACCCCAAGGAGGCCCACAAAGAGGCCCCCAAGGGGGCCCCCAAGGAGGCCCACAAGGAGGCCCCCAAGGAGGCCCACAAAGAGGCCCACAAAGAGGCCCCCAAGGAGGCCCCCAAAGGGGCCCCCAAGGAGGCCCACAAAGAGGCCCCCAAGGAGGCCCCUAAAACCCCUAAGGAGGCCCACAAAGAGGCCCCCAAGGAGGCCCACGAAGAGGCCCCCGAGGAGGUUCCCAAGGAGGCCCCCAAAGAGGCUCUUAAAGCCCUCAAAGAUGAGCCUGAAGAGGCCCCUAAAGUCUCGAAAGAGGCCCCUAAAGAGGCCCCCAAGGAGGCCCCUGAGGAGGCCCCUGAGGAGGCCCCUAAGCCCUCCAAAGGGGCCCCCAGGGAGGCCCCCAAAAGGGCCCCCGAAGAGGAGGCCCCCGAAGAGGGGCCCCCUGAGGAGGAAGUGGGGGCCCCCCCGGUUGAGCCGAGUGCGGGCGUGGGUGUUUCCCCGGGGGGCCCCUCGGGGGCCCCCGGGGCCCCCCGGAGCCCGGGGGGGCCCCCCGAAGCGCGGUGGGGCCCCCCGGGGGCCCCAGGGGCCCCGGAGGCGCCCGGGGGCCCCCAAGAUGAGGCCCCGGGGGCCCCCGGGGGCCCCCAAGAGGAGAAGGAGGGGCCCUCGUUGCUGGAAGAAGCUGUGUCGGACAUGAAGAUGGGGACGGAAAUAGUGAAGGGAGCCACGAAAGAAACAGCAGCAGAUGCAGCAGAAGUGCUGCUGCUGCGGGCCGAAGAAACUGUGGAGUGGGUGCGGCAGCUGAGUGCGGGGGCUGGGGAGUUUGUGGGUUUAGCUUGGGAGAGUGGGGCGCAGGCCUCAGCAGCAGCAGCAGCAACUGUGCGGGAAGCAGGAGCAGCAGCAGCAGAGUCUGUGCGGGAAGCAGGAGCAGCAGCAGCAGAAACUGUGAGGGAGGCUGGAGCAGCAGCAGCAGAAACUGUGAGAGAAGCAAGAGCAGCAGUCGCCGAGUUCAUUGCCCCGCACUGA